AUGGCCUGGACCCCACCCAAGGCACGUAGCUUAGCCACCCCAUCUGCCCUUCUUCUCACAGAAGCCAUGUUGCUGCGGCUGCUCGUGUGCGGACUCCUGCUGCUGCUGCCCCCUGCUGGCCCCACGGCGCUGUGCCCCAAGCGCUGCACCUGCCAGAACCUGAUGCCCUCCUACACCGUGCUCUGCGCCAACACGGGCCUCCUGUUUGUGCCGCCCAACGUGGACCGGCAGACGGCUGAACUACGCCUCAUGGACAACUUCAUCACCACACUGCGCCACCGCGACUUCGCCAACAUGUCCAGCCUGAUCCACCUGACCCUGAGCAGGAACACCAUCAGUCAGAUCUGGCCCUACACGUUUGCUGACCUCCAGGAGCUCCACGCGCUGCACCUGGACGCCAACCGCCUCACCAGCCUGGAUGACUCACACUUUCAGGGACUAGUCAACCUGCGCCACCUUAUCCUGGCCAACAACCAGCUCCAGAGCAUCUCCGAGGGGGCCUUCCAGGACUUCUUGGAGACCCUGGAGGACCUGGACCUGAGCUACAAUAACCUGGUGGAGGUCCCAUGGGACACCAUCGCUCUGCUGGUGAGCGUCAACACCCUGAGUCUGGACCACAACCUCAUCGAGAGUGUCCCUGAGGGCAUCUUCUCCAACCUGCACAAGCUGGCACGUCUGGACAUGACCUCCAACAAGCUGAAGAAGAUCCCUCCUGACCCUCUGUUCCUGCGCAUCCCGGUCUACGCCAAGACUAAAGGCUCCCCCCUCAGCGCAUUGGUGCUCAGCUUCGGGGGAAACCCUCUGCACUGUAACUGUGAGCUGGUGUGGCUCCGGAGACUCACCAGAGAGGACGACCUGGAGACAUGCGCCUCCCCCACAGACCUGGCUGGGAAGUACUUCUGGACCAUCAGGGAGGAGGAGUUUGUGUGUGAGCCUCCCAUGAUCACGCGUCACACGUCUAAGAUGUUUGUGAUGGAGGGUCAGGAGGUGAGCCUGCGCUGUAAGUCCAUUGGGGACCCGGAGCCCAUCACCCACUGGGUGAGCCCUGACGGUAAACUCAUGGCCAACACCAGCCGCACCAUCUGCUACGACAACGGCUCCCUGGACAUCCUCAAGGCUUCUGUCAAGGACUCGGGGAAGUUCACAUGCAUCGCCUCCAAUGCAGCAGGAGAGGCCACAGCCCCGGUGGAGCUGGUGGUGAACCCAUCCCCUCACUACGAGCCCAAACUGGACCCCGAGCCGGGCCCCUCAGACAUGCCCACCUCCAUCAAGUCCAACUGGAGCGGCGGGCAGGUGCGGGCGGACACACAGAGGGUCACCGUGUCUCACCUGGGCUCCUCCUCCGCCACCGUCACUUGGCCCGACCAGAGCCACAUCCCCGGGGUUCGGAUGUACCAGGUCCAAUACAACAGCUCCAGAGAUGACAUCCUCAUAUACAGGAUGCUGCCAGCCAGUCAUAAGUCCAUGGUUCUGGGGGAUCUGGCGUCUGCGCGGGACUACGACCUGUGUGUGUUCGCCGUGUAUGACGACGGCCUGACCGCCCUGACUGGCACCAGGCUCGUGGGCUGUGUGUCCUUCACUACAGAGGCAGAGUACGGCCGCUGCCACUCCAUACGAGACCAGUUCCUGGGGGGCACCAUGAUCAUCAUCAUCGGCGGCAUCAUCGUGGCCUCGGUGCUGGUCUUCAUCUUCAUCCUCCUCAUGAAGUACAAGCUCCACAGUCAGCACUACAAGCAGAAGGCAGCGGCCCACCACGCCAACGUGUGCUCCCAGACCAACGGAGGGGGAGGGGGAGUGCUGCCCGUGCCACCGCCCACCUCCUCUGGAUCAGGUGGGGGCCCGAACAGGAGUUCGUCAGGAGCAGAGGGGCCGGACAGCUCUGUGCGGGGGACCACUGUGGUGGACCUGAACCCCGGGCAGGAGCAAGACCCCCUGUCCCAAUGA